GGGAGGGUGGGAAGGGGGACGGCCGCUGUGCAGUUUGGAUGUUGAGGGAGACCCAACGCGAAGGGCCUCCACAAUCCGGAACAUUUCCAAACUGGAGCGGAAGCGGCAGGGGAAUAGGCCUCGGAAAACCAUGGCUGCUACUAAGGGAACGGCCAUAGGCAUUGACCUGGGCACCACGUACUCCUGCGUGGGAGUGUUCCAGCAUGGCAAGGUGGAAAUUAUCGCCAAUGACCAGGGCAACCGCACCACCCCCAGCUACGUGGCCUUCACUGACACUGAGCGGCUCAUUGGGGAUGCGGCCAAGAACCAGGUAGCCAUGAACCCCCAGAAUACUGUCUUUGAUGCCAAGCGUUUGAUCGGAAGGAAAUUUAAUGAUCCUGUGGUGCAAUCAGACAUGAAACUUUGGCCUUUUCAAGUGAUCAAUGAUGGGGGCAAGCCCAAGGUGUUGGUGUCCUACAAAGGAGAAAAUAAAGCUUUCUAUCCUGAGGAAAUUUCUUCUAUGGUGCUGACUAAGAUGAAGGAGACUGCUGAGGCUUUUUUGGGCCACUCUGUCACCAAUGCUGUGAUCACCGUGCCAGCCUAUUUCAAUGACUCUCAACGCCAGGCCACCAAGGAUGCAGGUGUUAUAGCAGGACUCAAUGUGCUAAGAAUCAUCAACGAACCUACAGCUGCUGCCAUUGCCUACGGUUUAGAUAAAGGUGGUCAGGGAGAGCGACACGUCCUGAUCUUUGAUCUGGGUGGAGGCACGUUUGAUGUGUCCAUUCUGACUAUAGAUGAUGGGAUUUUUGAGGUGAAGGCGACAGCUGGCGACACCCAUCUGGGUGGGGAAGACUUUGACAACAGGCUGGUGAGCCACUUCGUGGAGGAGUUCAAAAGGAAACACAAAAAGGACAUCAGCCAGAACAAGCGAGCUGUGAGGCGGCUGCGCACCGCCUGUGAGAGGGCCAAGAGGACCCUGUCGUCCAGCACCCAGGCCAACCUGGAGAUUGACUCCUUGUUUGAGGGCAUCGACUUCUACACAUCCAUUACCAGAGCUCGGUUUGAAGAGCUGUGUGCGGACCUCUUUAGGGGCACCUUGGAGCCUGUGGAGAAGGCUCUACGUGAUGCCAAGAUGGAUAAGGGUAAAAUCCACGACAUUGUUUUGGUAGGGGGCUCCACCCGUAUCCCCAAGGUGCAGAGGCUGCUGCAGGACUACUUUAAUGGUCGUGAUCUCAAUAAGAGUAUCAACCCUGAUGAGGCAGUAGCCUAUGGCGCCGCAGUACAGGCAGCCAUUUUGAUGGGUGACAAAUCUGAAAAGGUACAGGACCUGCUUUUGUUGGAUGUGGCUCCCUUGUCCCUAGGUUUGGAGACAGCUGGGGGCGUGAUGACUGUCCUGAUCAAGCGCAAUUCCACCAUCCCCACCAAACAGACACAGAUCUUCACCACUUACUCGGAUAACCAGCCCGGGGUGCUGAUCCAGGUGUAUGAGGGUGAGAGGGCCAUGACCCGGGACAACAAUUUGCUGGGGCGCUUUGACCUGACUGGAAUUCCUCCUGCACCCAGGGGAGUUCCUCAGAUUGAGGUGACCUUUGACAUCGAUGCCAACGGUAUUCUCAAUGUCACAGCCAUGGACAAGAGCACAGGCAAAGCCAACAAGAUCACCAUCACCAAUGACAAGGGCCGCCUGAGCAAGGAGGAGAUUGAGCGCAUGGUUCUGGAUGCUGAGAAAUAUAAAGCUGAAGAUGAGGUCCAGAGGGAGAAAAUCGCUGCAAAAAAUGCUUUAGAAUCCUAUGCUUUUAACAUGAAGAGCGCUGUGAGUGAUGAAGGCUUGAAGGGCAAGAUUAGUGAAUCUGAUAAAAAGAAAAUACUGGAUAAAUGCAGUGAAGUCCUUUCGUGGCUGGAGGCCAAUCAACUGGCUGACAAAGAUGAGUUUGAUCACAAGAGAAAAGAAUUGGAGCAGGUGUGUAACCCAGUCAUUACAAAACUCUACCAGGGAGGAUGCACUGGGCCUGCAUGUGGAACAGGGUAUCCAUCUGGAAGGCCUGCCACAGGCCCCACCAUUGAAGAAGUAGAUUAAUUUCAUUCUGGAACUGGAGAGUUCUAGAGUGUCUGUAAGGUGAAUUUUGUUCCCCUCAUCUUCAAACACUGUUAUGAUUCUUGAAUUGACUGGACCUGAACCUAAGUUUACCAUCUGUUUGGGAUUCUGAUGGAGGAGUUUUGUAUACCAACUUUUCACACAAAGGUCCUUUUUUCUGAUUCUGGAAUGGGACUCUUAGGAAAACUAGGCCUCUCUUUGAACCAUCUGAUGAAUCUGAACAUCUGUUUAUUUCUGGCUAGCCCCAACUUUCUCCUUCCUGUGUGGAUGGUUGUCAGUCAUUAAAUUUGUUCCUAAAGCAAAUUACUUCUGGUAUCUUUAGGCUGUGCGUGUAUCUUGAAAAGUAAUGAAAAGAGCUCAUGGGGACAGUAUGGGUACCCUGAUUGUGAGCUCACUGUGAAUGAUUAAUCUGGUAAGGGCAAAGUAUUUGAAUUUUCAUGAGCUAAUCCUUCCAAAUAGGCAAAUAAUUUUUGUCUAUCAGGUACCUUUAACCCUAGCUACAGCAAUUGCUAACUGUAGUUACUGCUCAUAUCCAGUGAUAGGCUGGUUUAAGUGCUUAGGGUUCAACUGGGAGAGGCACAUUUCUGCUUGAUAUCCUGUAGUUAUUUACAGGUUGGAUCCAGGCAAUCCAGGGUCUAUGUACUGAGUCUAUUAUUACCUCUUUUCCAUGAAAAAAGUUUCUACAACCAGCUCCUGACAAAUGGAUUUUUUUUGUAACUUUUUUUAUUGUAGUUUAGAUGAAGGUUUACAGAACUAGUUUCUCAUUAAACAGUACACAUAUUGUUUUAUGACAUUGGUUAGUGUCCCCACGACAUGUCAACACUCUCCCUUCUCAACCUUGGGUUCCCUUUUACUAGCUUUCCUGUUCCCUCCUGCCUUCUAGUCCUUGCCCCGGGGCUGGUGUGCCCCUUUAGCCUUGUUUUAUGGGCCUGUCUAAUCUUUGGCUGAGAGGUGAACGUGGAGAGUGACUUCAUAAUGGAGCUAAAAGGAUGUCUGGGGGCCAUACUCUCGGUGUUUCUCCAGUCUCUGUCAGACCUGUAAGUCUGGUCUUUUGUGAGUUAGAAUUUUUUAAUACAUUUUCCUCCAGCUCUGUCUGGGACCCUCUAUUGUGAUCCCUGUCAGAAAAGUUGGUGGUGGUAGCCAGACACCAUCUAGUUGUACUACACUCACUCAGUCUGCUGGAGGCCGUGUUAGAUGUGGUCUGUUAGUCCUUUGGACUAAUCUUGCCCUUGUAUCUUUAGUUUUCUUCACUCUCCCUUUCUCCCAAAGGGGUGAGACCAGUGUUGUCUUAGAUGGUGGCUCACAGGCUUUUAAGACCCCCAAAUGCUACUCACCAAUGUAGAAUGUAAAACACUUUAUGAACUGUUAUGCCAAAUGAGCUAGGUGUUCCCUAGAAAAAACGGAUAUUUUUGUGCAGAGUAAAUGCAAGGAUGAUUUAGUAGUCUUAUAACAUUAUAACAUUAAAAAAAAAAAAAACCUUCUUGUGUCAUAAUACCGCAUGUUAUAU